AUAUAGACUAUAGACAACUACGACAGGAAUGUGCUAGGAACUUGUAAAUUACCCUCUCCAUAGUACCUACCUUACCAUCCGUUGGACUAGAAUUGUCAGCUGGUUUUUCUUAUGUGCAAUGAAGAGCACAAAGUUGUUUAAGCUUGGGCAAUUCUUCGAAUAGAAAUAGUAGGGGAACCGCUGAUUGAGAGUCACUAACUUGUAGGACGUCGAUUCGACAUCCCUCUUUAAAUGAAUAGUCGAUUUUGCCUAGUUCUAUACACGAGACGUAGAGUGUAAAUCUAUAGUGUUAAAUAAUAUAACACGAUGUAAGUUCGCCUUAGCAGUACCAAGCGAAUUCAUUGUGCAACCUACUACAUUUUGUUCAACGGUGUAUUAUUCAUAAAAAGAGAUACUCAAAUUAUCAAUUGAUUCGAAUAUUUUCGAGUUUGUUGCUAUAUUAAAUCAACGGUGACCUGGAUUCUAUGCAGAAUAAAGUUGAAUCGACCCAUUAUACAUAACCUGUUAUACAGCUGUACGCAGUACAAUGCAACGAUAUGAUGACCAUGCUGUUGUCAAAUUAUUGUUUUUCGGUUGGAGUUCUUACAUUAGGAACCCAUAAGAAAACUUGGAAUUGUUGGCUGAUUCGCGUGCGAUGAUUCACACGUGCGAGUAUCAAAAACAAUCACACAAUGUAAUUUUAAAGACAGUUAAAGGGAAUGUUUUGGUAUAUUCAAAAUUUUAUUCAGUUUAGUGAUGUCUGUAGUUCCCAUUCAGUAAGUGUGUUUGUUUAAAAGAAAUUGUGAGAAACAAUUAACACUAAAAUGUCUACGUUAAAACUGAGUAUGCAAGAUAAAAGAGACUUGGAUAAGUUUACUAAAUUCUUGGCAUUAAAAGCUGCUCAAAUUAUAGUGCAGUCGAGGUCAGGUGAAAAGGUCAGCACAAAGUGCAAGCCAAAUUCAUCUGGAACAGAUUGGUUCAAUUUAGCUAUUCAAGAUGUACCAGAAGUGUUGGCUGAAGCUAAGAGGGCAUUAUAUGGGGAAAUAGUUAAUUCAACUACACCUCUUUGUAUCGAAAUCUCUUUGAGAACUGUUGAAGGUGACACAAUGGUUUUAGAAACAUGGAGUCUUUGCGUUUUGCCUGAACAUAGUGAUCCUACUAUAAGAGUAACAUAUACAGUAUAUAACAGAAUGGGCAUUUUAUUGAAAUCUUUAUUGUCUAUAUCAAGAAUUACUCCUGCUUAUAAAUUGAGUAGAAGACAAGGCCCAGAAUCCUAUGUUAUUUGUUAUAGAAUUUAUAUGGGAGAGCCACAAUUACAUACUUUAGGUGAUAAUUAUAAAAAUGUUAGAGUAGGUCAAUUGUGCACACCUGUGGGCACAAUUCAUUUAUCAGUAUCAUAUAGAACAAAGAUGACUAUUUCUCCAACUCAUACUGGUCGUGAUUCAAUAAUGUUGAAAAGUGAUCAUUUUCAUUCAGAUUUAAGUCCUCGCCAUACAAGGUAUCAACAGAGUGAAGAAACAUCAAAGUCUCUCAGUGAUACAAUUAAAGUAGGAGCAUUUGUAGUCAAUAAACCUGUUACAGUUAACGAGGAAGAUUUUGUUAUACCAGAUGUACCUUUUAGUUCUUUAUUAACUCCUAGACAAACUUCACCUCCGCCUGUUACGGUAGCUGAAGUUACAAAUACAAAGACUGCGGUAACGACUACCACAACGGAUAGCAGCAAUGGAAAUAAUGAAAGACUUACAAAUGAUAACACAACAUCAAAGUGCAACUCACAGAAUGGAUCUAGGAGAAGUAGUUGCUCAAUGACCAGUGCGAACGACGAUUUUAUUAUGGUAGAUUUGAAAACACCUUUUGCUGUAACGAAUACUAAUAGUGAUUUAGGAGCAUUUUAUCGUGAAUGUCAAAGUGCACCACAACUUCAAGCUUUUAUGGAGGAAACAACACUCGCUGAACAAGUAGGGGGAGAUCUUACUAAACAGUUGGAAACAUUCGAAACAAAUAUGCGACGAUAUGAGGAUAUUCUGUCAUCCUUAUGUCAUACAGAAAAUAAUAACUAAUAUUAUUAUCGAAUUAUAUAAUGUUAGGUGCUUUGACAAGAAAUGUAAUUCUAUACAGACAAUGUAUAGCAUUGUGUCCUAGAUUUAAGUAAAUUUUCAUUACACGAAGUUAAUACUACUUGAACAAAAGUAUUUUAAUGACAUUUCAUGCUAAAUGCUAUCAACGCUUACGAUCGCUUACAAAUUGAAUAAAAAUUUUGAAACAAGAUAUAUCUAUAGAAUACAAAAGUAAUAAUCGUUCACUCAUAAAAAGUGAACACAGUAAAAAAUUGUCAAUAAGAAUUGUUCACGUGUAUGUACAUUUGGCUUUAAAUGUAUGGCUUAGUGACAUUCUUUUUUACAAAUUUCUGAUACAAUAUUAAUACAUUCAACUAAAAUAUAAAUGAACUUAAACUUCAUUACAAAGUGCUUUAAAUUAUUUUUUUUUCAAGUAAAUUUUAUUCCUUAACUGGUAUUGUAAAAUUUGUUGUAAAUUUGAUGUACAUUUUUUGUUGAAAAAUUUAUGAAUAUAUUGCAAAUUAAUAAGCAAUGUCAACAAUGCUUAGUUAUAAUAUAUGUUUAAAAUGUUAAUUAAUUUAUUGCUUGUACAUAGUGUAAAUUGUGCUUGAGCAUUGUAAUAUUAAUUGAUGAUUAUGAAGAAACUAUAUAACUUUUUCAUAUUUUAUUAAUCCAAUCACUUAAUAAAUG